CUCACAUCACAUAUAUGGGCAUGUGAAGCUCACACUGGUAUAUGCCCUGCUCUGCUUGAGCACCACCAACGUCUCACUUACUCACUGCAGCAAGGAGCGAGUUCUCUGCGGCGAUGGCGACCACAACGCCGACGGUGGACAGGGCUGGAGAUGGAGAGCAGAAGAAGAGGAAGAAGGGAGGCUUCAGGACCAUGCCACUCAUACUAGCAAGCGAGAUCUUCGACCGGUUUGCCAUGGCCGGGUUCGGCGCCAACCUGAUCACGUACCUGACGCAGCAGCUGCACCUGCCGCUGGUUGAGGCCUCCAACACACUCACCAACUUCGGCGGUACGUCCGGCUUCACGCCCAUCCUCGGCGCGCUCGCCGCCGACUCCUUCGCCGGCCGCUUCUGGACCAUCAUCGCUGGCUCCAUAUUCUACCAGAUCGGCAUGGUCGGCCUCGUCGUGUCCGCGCUCCUCCCUUCGCUUCGCCCGCCGCCGUGUUCCCCGCCGACCACCCCGUGCCAGCGCGCCUCCGGGUUGCAGCUCUCAGUACUCCAACUCUCCCUUCUGUGCACCUCACUCGGCUCCGGCGGGAUCCGGCCGUGCGUCGUGGCGUUCGGCGCCGACCAGUUUGAGCAGCAGAAGCAACAGGGCGGCGCCGAGGCGGUGGCGGUGGUGGAGCGGAAGCGGCGGUACUUCAACCUCUACUUCUUCACGAUGGGGUUCGCCGUGCUGCUGGCGGUGACGGUGGUGGUCUACAUCCAGGAGAACGUGGGGUGGGGGUGGGGGUUCGGGAUUCCGGCCAUUGGCAUGUUCCUCUCCAUCGUGGUGUUCCUGGUCGGGUACCCGCUCUACGUGCUGCUCAAGCCCGGGGGCAGCCCGUUCAUGCGGCUCGCGCAGGUCGUCGUCGCCGCGUUCAAGAAGCGCAACGCCGCCGUGCCGGAGGACCCCGGCAUGCUGUACCAGGACCAGGAGCUUGACGCGCUCAUCUCAACCAACGGCAGGCUCCUGCACACCAACCAGCUCACGUUCUUCGACCGGGCGGCGAUCGUGACACCGGGCGACAUCUCGGACUCCGGGCAGCUGGACCUGUGGCGUCUGUCGUCGGUGCACCGCGUGGAGGAGCUCAAGUCCAUCAUCCGCUUGCUGCCCAUCUGGUCGGCCGGCAUCAUGCUCGCCACCGCCGGCUCGCACAACUACACCUUCACCAUCAUGCAGGCGCGCACCAUGGAACGCCACAUCACGAGUCACUUCGAGAUCCCGCCGGCGACCUUGUCCAUCUUCUCAACCACGGCCAUGCUCGUCACCCUGGCUUUCUAUGACCGAGCCUUCGUGCCUCUGGCGCGCCGUGUCACGGGCCUGCAGUCCGGGAUAACCUACUUCCAGCGCAUGGCCAUCGGACUGGCCAUCUCCAUCGUCAGCGUCGGCUCGGCCGCGCUCGUCGAGACCAAGCGCCGCGGCGCCGCGGCCGAACACGGGCUCGUGGACAACCCAGCCGCGGUCGUCCCGCUCAGCGUGUUCUGGCUGGUGCCGCAGUUCGCCAUCCACGGCAUCGGCGACGCCUUCUCGUCGGUGGGGCACAUGGAGUUCCUGUACGACCAGGCGCCCGAGAGCAUGCGCAGCUCCGCCGUCGCGCUCUUCUGGCUCGCCGGCUCCCUCGGGAACUUCAUGGGCACGGUGCUCGUCACGGCGGUGCAGCACGCCACCCGAGGUCGCGCCGAGUGGCUCCAGGACAACAUCAACCGGGGCAGGAUCGACAACUACUACUGGCUCGUCACCUGCAUCAUGGUGCUCAACCUUUGCUACUACCUCAUCUGCUUCCAUUUCUACGCCAUGAAGCCACUGGAGGUGGCGGAAGAAUAUGGUGACCAUGAUAAAGAGUGUGAGCUCUCCUAUGUCCAUAAAAAUGGUGGCGCCGCGGCCACCGGUGGAAUGGUGUAAGAUGAUUAGAGGGUAAUUAUUGAGGAUGGGUGUUGUUAAUAACUAAUUAGUCUCAGCUGCACAUGCACAAGGAUUGCAAGUUCGAAAGGGAUCGGUAUCUUGGAGCUA